CGCGGCAGCCAGGGGAGAGUCGGGGGUAGGGGAGGGGGGGAGCGGCAUGCCGGGGAACAGUUCCCACUCACCGGACACCCGGACACGCCCCUCACUCACUUCCUGACUCCCUCUCCGCCUCCAGCGGCGGCGGCGGCCAAUGAGAGGCGGCCCUCCGCCAGGCUCCUCCCUGACUCCCGCAGCCGCCAGUAGCGCCGCGCCCCGCUGCUCCUCGGCAGCCAAUGGUCGGCCCCGCUGCCCCCAGCGCUUCUCUACGGUAUAAAUUGUGGCCGCGGCCUGGCUGAGUACACUGUGCCUCUGUGACGACGCGACAACCAUGGUGGCGUCCCCUCCCAGCCUGCCAGGCCUGCCCGCCCUGCCCGGCCUCGGCGCCAGAUUCACGCCCGGCUCAGCCUUCACGCCGCUCACCCGCGAACACCACCACGCCCUGCACCUGUUCCAGGCGCUGCCGCUGCUGCAGGCGGCGGGCGGCGGUGGCUUCGGCGGCGCCAAGCAGCUGCCGCCGCACCUGGGGAUGGACCCGCGGGUGGCGGGGCUGCUGCAGGGGUGCCAGCUGCCGUGGGCGGCGCUGGGCGCUAGUGAGCUGGCCCUCAACCGCCUGCUGCUGACCCCCGGGGGCCGCCUCAGCAGGCCCAAGAAGCGCUACAUCUGCAAGUACUGCCAGCGGGAGUUCACCAAGAGCUACAACCUGCUGAUCCACGAGCGGACGCACACGGACGAGCGGCCCUUCCCCUGCGACAUCUGCGGCAAGGCCUUCAGGAGGCAGGACCACCUCCGCGACCACAAGUACAUCCACAGCAAGGAGAAGCCCUUCAAGUGCGAGGCGUGCGGCAAGGGCUUCUGCCAGGCGCGCACGCUCGCCGUGCACAAGGCGCAGCACGCCCACGACACCCUCCCCGCGGCGGCGCCCGCCCGCACGCCCACCGCGCCGCACACGACGCCCGCCGCGCCCGCCGAUAGCGAGGAGGUGGUGGACGUGCUGCACUGCGACGACGACGACGACGACGACGUGAUGCAGACGGUGACGGAGGAGGACGAGGAGCUGCCACCCGCGGCGCCGCCCCCCAAGAGGCUCGGCUUCUCCAUCGCCGACAUCAUGAGCAGAUAGACACACACACACACACACACACACACUCUCUCAUCACACCUUAGUGCCUUUCGGUCGUCAGCUUUAAGUUCCAUUGUAAAUAUUGUACAAACAAAUGUAUUUAUUAAAUGUUACCUUUUUAA